AUGCCUACUUAUCUAUCUGUUUUCAUAUCGUGGAUUGCUUUUUGGAUCGACACAAAGGCAUUACCAGCAAGGAUUACUCUUGGUGUAUCUUCGCUGAUGGCCCUUACAUUUCAGUUUGGUAAUAUUGUCAAGAAUCUCCCCCGAGUCAGCUAUGUAAAGGUGAUUUACUACAACGUGUUCUGGCUCUCAGUCUACUACUAUAAAUCAGUAUCAUUCCCCGUUGAGAAUUUAAGUGCUCGGAAGCAGCAAUAA